AUGAACGCGCACGAGUUCUAUCAGAAGCUGCUGGACGGCACCAGUGGCAUCUCCGCUAUAGAGGGAUUCGAUGCCUCUGAGUUCCCCACUCGCAUCGCGGGAGAGAUCAAGGAUUUCAAGGACAAGGGGUAUGUGCACCCCAAGAUGGCGCGCCGCAUGGACAAGUACAUGCGCUACCUGCUCACGGCGGGCAAGCGGGCUUUAAGGGACGCGCACAUGAGCAAGGAGGUGCAGGAGGGGUUCAACAAGCAGAAGUGUGGCGUGCUCAUUGGCUCCGCCAUGGGCGGCAUGCAGGUGUUCAACGACGCAGUGGAGGCGCUCAAGGUGUCGUACCGCCGCAUGAACCCAUUCUGCAUACCCUUCGUAACCACCAACAUGGGCUCCGCCAUGCUCGCCAUGGACCUUGGCUGGAUGGGUCCCAACUACAGCAUCUCCACUGCCUGCGCCACAGCCAACUACUGCAUUCUUGCUGCUGCCCAGCACAUUCAGAGAGGCGAUGCGGACGUCAUGCUGUCAGGAGGAUCGGAUGCUCCCGUCUUGCCUCUCGGACUGGGUGGAUUCGUAGCCUGCAAGGCACUCUCUAAACGCAAUGACGAGCCUGAGAGGGCCUCCCGUCCCUGGGACAAGAAUCGCGAUGGCUUUGUGAUGGGCGAAGGAGCGGGCGUGUUGGUGUUGGAGGAGCUUGAACACGCCAAGGCCCGAGGCGCCACCAUAUAUGCCGAGUUUCUGGGCGGCAGCGUGUCAUGCGACGCACACCACAUGACCGACCCGCACCCUCAAGGCAAGGGCGUGCUGAUGUGCAUUGAGCAGGCGUUGGCGUCAUCCGGAGUGCCUCGCGAAUACGUGAACUACGUGAACGCCCACGCCACCAGCACUCUGGCCGGGGACGUGCAAGAGUACAAGGCACUCGUUGCUGCUUUCGGCAACAACCCUGUGCUGAAGAUGAACGCAACCAAGUCCAUGAUCGGCCAUCUGCUGGGCGCUGCAGGAGGAGUGGAGGCCAUUGCUACAGUCGGGGCCAUUCACACCGGCUACCUUCACCCCAACCUCAACUUGGAAAACCUCGAGGACGGCCUGGACGAGCGCUACUUUGUGCGUGACACUAAGGAGCGCCUGGAUGUGAAUGUGGGGCUCUCCAACUCGUUUGGCUUUGGCGGGCACAACUCGUCCAUCCUCUUUGCGCCGUACCACCCAGAAGGAAUCCAUGCUCUAGUGGCCGAACGCAACCAAGGAUGA